AUGUCACUGCGGACGGACACCCGCAUCGGUGCGCGCUCCAGCUCUCGGGGCCGCGAGCCGCCGCAGCCGCCGCCGGGCUCCCAACCCGGCUCCGAGCGGCGCGGCCCCGCGCCCGGCCGCGUCCCGGCACCACGCCAGCGGCCGGGAUCGGCUCCGCCCCGCCCCGCCCCGCCCCGCCCGGCGGAGGCAGCGGCUGCGCCCCGCGGCAGACGCGCAGCGCCCCGAGCCAUGGCCGUCCGCCGCCUGCUGGGGCUGCUGGCCGCCGCCGCGCUGCUGGGCGCAGGUUGUGGGGACGACCCAGGGGAAUUCAGCCUAGAAGAUGCCCUCGGCCCCGUAUGGCCCACACCUAAGAGGCCCAGUAAGCCGGCCGGUGGGACAGGAGGGAGAGACUUUGACCUAGCUGAUUACUUCGACAACCCAGUGGAGCCCACCAACAAGCCUGCCAGGCCCACUGCCAGGCCCUUCCCACGGCCAGGGAAGCCAGACAAUGGCUUUUGGGAUGUCAUCCGCACCACCACCACCAAGCGGCCAAAAACAACACAGACCCCCCGCAAACAGAACCCAGGGAAGAAUCCUUUGGAUCUGGACUUGGCUGAUGCCCUUGGAGAUAGGGACGAUGCGAGGGAUGGCAGGCAGCCGGCUGUGAGGCCGGAGGAAGGAUUUUCGGACCGUGACCUGGAAGGCAUUGUGGAUGAUGGCUACAGCCCUGACAAGAAGAAAGGAUCUGGAGGCAACACUGACAGCCAAGACAACAGGGUGGAAACGGGCACCAUCGCCGGCAUUGCCAGUGCCUUGGCCAUGGCACUUGUGGGGGCUGUCUCCAGCUACAUCUCCUACCAGCAGAAGAAGUUCUGCUUCAGCAUUCAGCAGGGACUUAAUGCCGAAUACGUGAAAGGGGAGAACAUGGAAGCUGUCGUAAGCGAGGAGCCCCAAGUUAAGUACUCAGUGCUGGAAACGCAGUCGGCAGAGCCGCCGAAACACGACGGUGCGAAGGCGUGAGGGCACGGCCCCCAGCCGCUCUGCUGGGAGGAACCCGCGGCAGCAAACACCGAGAUCUCGCCUGCCUGUAAUUUAGCUAUUUAUUUCAUUUGAAUCCAAAGCUGUUUGAUGUGUCCUUAGGCUUGAACUGGCUUCUUACUGCUCUAGGCUUUAGGGUUAGGAUGGCAGUAUGUGUUUAUUUUUUGUAAUAUGUUUACAUGGAAGGAAUACUGCAGGUUUGACUGCAAGUUGUAUUCAAACCAGCAGCGGGUGCUUCAGCAGCAAUCGCUGUGGGUAGAGGACGAGGUCUUUUGCAAGGACUGCUUACAGGUGUGAGGACAGCAAAGUGCCUGUUAUUUGCAACCCAAAGCAAACCAGCCACCUCCCUCGUCAGUCUCCUGUGCCACAGUGCUGCUGCCAAGGCCUGCCCUCGCCGCCUUGGUGCUGCUUCCUCCUCCCCAGCCCCCUCGUAUUGAUGCCAAGAUGUGGGGACAGGCACUUCGUGAUGCGUUUUCCCAAAGCAAUGGGAAGCGAAGUGGCUGCCUAGCGCAGAAGGAACUCCCAGUUUAGAUGUAGCCCUGAAAUACUUGCAUUUUUUAAAAUGUUUUGCAAAUCCCAGAUUGUGCAAAUGUACGUGGACUACCAAAGCACUUCCUUUGAUUCAGAGCUGUCAGGCAGAUGUGACUGCCACAAGGCCUUGCCAUGAUCCAGGAGGUCCCUCUGGCUCAAGCCAUUCUAUGACCUUGUAUCCCACAGCAACCUUCGAAAGGAAACGGCCCAGCCACGUUUUAAGUACUUUGUAACAGCUACUCAGCUCUUUGUGCUCUUCUCAACACUUGCAUUUUUAAAGCCUUACUCUAGCUCUAGCAGAACAACUGCAGCAUUUUGUAAGGGAGACGAGUUCUAAGGAUACGUGGUGCCUCGUGUAUCCAGAGCACUAAUAGCAGUAUUGUAGACUAACUGUCACUACUUCAUUGUACAAAAGUGAGUGGGUUAGAAAAAAUAGUUCUCAGCUGUUCUGAGACUGUAAGUCUCUGCUCCUGUGUAAUGAGCAAUAGCAAGAGAGAGAAUGGCCUCAUGCUGUGGUGGGGGAGGGUGAGGUUGGAUGUUAGGAAAUACUUCUCUGAGAGAGUGCUCAGGUGCUGGGCGGGCUGCCCAGGGAGUGCUGGAGUCACCGUCCCUGGCCGUGUUCAAGAAACGCGUCGAUGCAGUACUGAGGGACACGGUUUAGUGGUGGUAGGUGGAUGGUUGGACUGGGUGAUCUUAGAGGUUUUCCAACCUUGGUGAUUCUGCCAUUCCGUGAUUCUAAGACAGAUGCAGAACACACUCCCUGCAUUUGUGUACUCAAAGUGUCAGAUAUUUUGGGGAAAUGAUGGUUGGAGAAUUCUGCUGGGCACAGGCAGGAGCUCUGAUGCUAGGAAAGCCAUGUUCCCAGGCUCAGGCCGUGCUUCUCCCUUUCCCACACCAUCACCUGGCUUUCCUCUCUUAGCUGAAUGGGUUUGAAAGCUGUAGCAUGAAAAAUGCUUUUACAAAAUGAUUGUACAGGAGGUGUCACAACACUGUAUUGAUGAGCACUAGGAGUCAUUUUAGAUUAGAUCAGGCAAAUAUAACCCCAUUUCUCUUAGCUGCAGACUGUCUGCAUGUUUCCAUGACUCUCUGCACACCCAGUGGAUGGGACAGGGGGUGCUUAGGAUUGCUUACAGGCCAUAACCUUUAGGAAGUGGUUACAGCAGGACACAGAAGAAACACACAUGUAACUCACAAGUACUUCCUCAGUUUAACUGAGGAAAAACAGCCCUUUCAGAAUCCAGAAGCAGACAGCACUUAAAAGUGCUUCUUUCCCUCAGGCCUUUCUUACGACUUCAGUGAAAACGUAUGCCUUAACGUAACUUCAAGGUUUGGGGUAGGUGGAAAAAUGUAAACACGCAGUGAAAGGGAUGACAUUGUCAGAAGUUUACAGUAAGAGAAUUAAAAAUCUCUCUCUGGGACUUAGGAUGGGAAAAUACUGACAAUACUGCAGAUAAGAAAAUCUCGUCCCCAAAGCCGUGAUUGCUGAGUGCCAGCUGAGGCUCCCCUGGCUUCAUGCAGCCUGCUUCCUCCUCGGUCUGCCUGGAAGGUGGGUGGGAGAUGGGGGGAGCUCAGACCUCGCCCCUUGCUUCAGGCAUUGCAGCGAUGUAACGCUCAGCUGUAUUUUCCUGGCAGUGAAGGAAGUGCUGAAAGAAGGGACGCAGCGCUCGCCGCUGUAGCCAUCUUCAUUUCACUGGUACCCAUUCACUUUAAUUCUGUGAACGUGGCAUUUGUAAAAUUCUUGCACUUUAAUUCUGUGAACGUGGCAUGAACUUUCUUGUCCUGUACUUAAAGAGGCAGUGAAACAAGUGGAAUACCAGGAUAUUAUUUUUUUCCCCAAGUCCCAAAGCGUACACAGAGCUGACUUGAGAGCUCAUGGGAGGUUUGCUGUGGGCUCUUUGCUCAUGACAUCUCACAUCUCCAGCUUUGCUAAAGCUCUUUCUCACAGCAUGGUUCAGAAAAGCUUUCACAAUUACAUAGAAAGCAGAACUGAAGGGACUUAACCAGCUCUUAUCCCACUGUUUACCAAUGGCUUGCAUUUUCCUUUGGCUGUACCAUAGCAGGUUCUUCAUUUUAGAAUACUGUGCCAUUGACUCCUUCAGUUCAGAAUACCCUGUUGUGAGUUUUUCAGAUUCUUUUUGGUGCUUUAAUAAACUCAGUCAUUUUCUCGCAGCCUCAUUAAGGAAUCCCAGCAA